AUGCACUCACCUCCUAGAGACCAGGCUGCCAUCAUGCUCUGGAAGCUCGUGGAGAAUGUCAAGUACGAAGAUAUCUAUGAGGACCGGCACGAUGGCGUCCCGAGCCACAGCUCCCGGCUCUCCCAGCUGGGCUCGGUGUCCCAAGGACCGUACUCGAGCGCCCCGCCGCUGUCCCACACCCCGUCGUCCGACUUCCAGCCGCCCUACUUCCCGCCCCCCUACCAGCCGCUCCCCUACCACCAGAGCCAGGACCCCUACUCCCACGUCAACGACCCCUACUCCCUGAACCCCCUGCACCAGCCCCAGCAGCACCCCUGGGGCCAGCGGCAGCGCCAGGACGUGGGCUCAGAAGCCGGCUCCCUCCUGCCCCAGCCCCGGGCCGCCCUGCCCCAGCUCUCGGGCCUCGACCCCCGGAGGGACUACCACUCAGUCCGCCGGCCCGACGUGCUGCUGCACUCGGCGCACCACGGCCUGGACGCGGGCAUGGGCGACAGCCUCUCGCUGCACGGCCUCGGCCACCCCGGGAUGGAAGACGUCCAGUCAGUUGAAGAUGCCAAUAACAGCGGCAUGAAUCUAUUGGACCAGUCUGUCAUAAAAAAAGUUCCGGUUCCUCCCAAAUCUGUGACUUCUCUGAUGAUGAAUAAAGAUGGCUUCCUGGGAGGCAUGUCCGUCAACACGGGCGAGGUGUUUUGCUCGGUCCCCGGCCGCUUGUCUCUGCUCAGUUCCACUUCCAAGUACAAAGUCACAGUGGGGGAGGUCCAGAGACGGCUCUCGCCCCCCGAAUGCCUCAACGCGUCUCUCCUCGGCGGCGUCCUCAGAAGAGCCAAAUCGAAAAAUGGGGGGAGAUCUUUGCGGGAAAGGCUAGAAAAAAUCGGUUUGAAUUUACCCGCGGGCAGGCGCAAAGCAGCAAAUGUCACGUUACUCACCUCCCUGGUGGAAGGGGAAGCUGUCCAUUUAGCUCGGGACUUUGGCUACAUCUGCGAAACAGAGUUUCCCGCCAAAGCUGUUUCUGAGUAUUUGAACCGGCAGCACACGGACCCCAGCGACCUGCACUCUCGAAAGAAUAUGCUGCUGGCCACCAAGCAACUUUGUAAAGAAUUUACAGAUCUGCUGGCGCAGGACCGGACGCCGAUUGGGAACAGCCGGCCCAGCCCCAUCCUGGAGCCGGGCAUCCAGAGCUGCCUCACGCACUUCAGCCUCAUCACGCACGGCUUCGGCGCCCCGGCCAUUUGCGCGGCGCUCACGGCCCUGCAGAACUAUCUCACCGAGGCGCUCAAAGGCAUGGACAAGAUGUUCUUGAACAACACCGCCACUAACAGGCACACGUCUGGGGAAGGCCCAGGUAGUAAAACUGGCGACAAGGAGGAGAAACACAGGAAAUGA